CUUGUUUUGAUAAUGCCUGUUUUUUUGUGGUUCUCUGGGUAAGGUCUACAUCUGCUUUGUGAAUUGAAGACCACUGGAAUCAACGAGCUUGGAGUAUGUUAUAAAGUACUUGAGAAAAUCAGAGUUAAUUUUUCCUAUGUAGCAUUAGCAACAUACUAUGGAUAAGAACGUUCAAGAAGAACAAUUUAAAGGAGUGAUCAAGUUUACCCCACCUUUGUCCAAACAACGCUACCAGUUCGUUAAAGAUUUAGUGGCCAAAUACAGACCUAAGAAGGUAGCAGAUUUAGGAUGUGCUGACUGCAAACUUCUCUGGAUGCUGAAGUUCUGCAGUUGCAUUGAAGUGUUAGUUGGGCUAGAUAUCUCUGCAAGCACAAUGAAGGAGAAAAUGCAUAUGUUGUCUCCUCUUCCUGUUGAUUAUUUGCAACCAACUGAAAGAUCAUUGACUGUUACCUUGUACCAUGGUUCAGUUGCCCAUAAAGAUCCUUGCAUGCUUGGUUUUGACUUGGUAACAUGCAUCGAACUAAUAGAGCACCUGGAAGAAUCAGAACUGAAGAAGUUUCCUGAAGUGGUGUUUGGUUUUAUGGCCCCAAGCAUAGUUGUGAUCAGUACUCCAAAUGUUGAAUUUAACACGUUGCUUCCAGGAGUGACAUUAUUCAGGCAUCCAGACCACAAAUUUGAGUGGAACAGAGCGCAGUUUCAAAGCUGGGCUCUAGAGACUGCUAGGCACUAUGAUUACGCAGUGGAAUUUACUGGCGUAGGGCACCCACCAAGAGGAAUGGAGAACAUUGGGUUUUGUACCCAGAUAGGUGUCUUUGUUAGAAAAUACCCUCAAACUGGUGGAUUUGCUCAGUCUGAGAAGUCAAAUGAAACAGUUUACAAAACGGUCUUCAAAGCAGUGUAUCCAAGUCUUAAAGAUGAAAAGUACCUGCAGAAUAUUCUGGUCGGUGAAGUAGUUUUCACAGCGCAAAUCAUUAAGCAAAGUCUGCUGAACCGUUUAACGUCAGAACGUGAGGAGCGUCAUGACAAUCCUACUGAGGAAAAAGCACAGCUCCAACCUUGCUUUUCAGAAGAUAUGAGAAAACUGGAUGUUAAAAGAAGUAUGGAAUCAUUCGUCAAGGGAAAUGUGGUUUAUAUACCUCUUAAAACAAUAUUUUCUUUUCCCAAAGUGAAUCAGCUUUGUGGUACUUUUGAGAAGUUAUGCAAGCUUAUUGCUGGCAAGGUCAACCUGAGCAGUGAUGGUUAUGCUCUGAUGUUAAGUACUGAACCUGAAGACGAAGAGAAUUAGGUUGCCAAUAUCCCAUCUCAGUUAAAGUAAGCAAGUAUCUUGUAGUAGCUGACAAAUGAUUCGUUUUGGGUGCUAACAAGAAUGGUUUAGAAACAAAUUCAAAACUGAAGACAUCAGUUUAUUGAAUAUCGGAGAGAUCUGCAUUUAAAUACAGUAAAAAAACCCAAACCCCAACCACCACCACACAGAGUGUACUGUGAGAGUCUCCAGUAUUCUUACUAACACAGUU